AUGCCUUCCAACGAGAGUGUCAAGAGCGGGCUGGCGGUGGCCGAGGAUAAGUCCAAACUGCUGGGUCUCACCGUCGGCAAGCACACCGUGGAGCCGGGCCUGUACAUUCCGCGGACAGAAGCUCAGUCCGCCCCCGAAUUGAUCUUUGAAGGCGCAGACCCCGCGGCCACCUACCUGAUCAUGUGUGUCGACAUCGACGCGCCAUUCGUGACGCUGCCCGUCCUAGGCCCCAUCUUGCACUGGAUUCAGCCGGGGCUCAAGGCUGAGAUCAAGGACGGCAAGUCCGUGCUUACAGCGAAGGAGCCGUUCGUCUCCGACUACAUCGGGCCCGCGCCUCCGCCCGGCAGCGGCCCGCAUCGCUACUGCUUCUUCCUGUACGAGCAGCCCGCGGGCUUCGACGGCAAGGCCCAUGCGCCCGCAGACGGCGCAAAGAUGAGCAAUUGGUCGCGCAUGCGCUUCAGUCUGGAUGACUGGGAGAAGAAGGCUGGUCUGGGCAAGAUCAUUGCGGCCAACUAUUACACGAGCAAUUGA